AUGGAUCCCGAUGUUUUGGAUAAGAUAAUCAGCCGGCUGCGGGAUGCCGGGAAGACUGCGACCGGGAAGCAGGUUUGUCUAUCGGAGGCGGAGAUCCGGCAGCUUUGCGUCGUCUCUAAGGAGAUAUUCAUGAGGCAGCCCAAUCUCUUGGAGCUCGAAGCCCCGAUCAAAAUCUGCGGUUAAGUCUCACUGCCCCAUCGCCCUAGAUUACAUCCCCCUUCUUUUCUGCGAAUCCCCUGGUGACCACCAGCAUCCGUCGCCACCAUCGAUGAAUAUGCUCAAGGGGCAGAUAAUUCUGAUUUAAUUUGGUCACCAAACUUGGUCUUCUGGGGAGCGAUUUUGAUUAAUUACUGGAUCCACUUCUGGGGCGACAGAUUUUUCCUUCCGCUAGGCUGGUCAGUGUGAUUAUUUCUCUACUACUAACUACUUUUGGUAGCCCUAGAAUCAAUUUGUGGCCUGCAUGUGACACAUCGCUCGAUUUUUCUCGGCGAUUGCGACGUUAUGUCACCCAUUAGAAACAGAAUCGCCACAGUAUGAAGCAAGAUCCGUAGGUGAGAUCCUGCAUCUAGACCAGGAUUAUUCGUCUGCACCCUGUCCUGUUUUAGAAAUAGAUGAUCCAUGUCAUCUGGGCAACUCUGAUCAAUUCGGCAUUAAAACUGGAAAGGCUUAUUAUAAUGGCAAGUGAUGUUUUUGGAAACCAAGUAAAUCAUUCCUAUCCAGCUUAAUCAGACAUUAACAGUGCUUGCCUUGGUGUCGGCCUGAUUCUGCAUCCACAUUGGUUACAAUCAUGAUUAAGCGAAACUAUAUGGUAUUCUGAUUUGAUCUUGAGUAGUACAUCAUUUUAAAUUAUUUUUUUUCCUCCAAAAUUGGACUAUCCAAGAAGUGAAGGCUAGAUCUUGCUCUCUUGGGUCAUUUUGGAUUUUUAUGAAAUAGUCUUUGUGCAAGGGCUUGAGGUCUAGCUAGUCUUAUCUAAAUUUUUUUUCCUCAGGGUGAGCUGCUGUGGUCAAUGCUAAUCAUUUUCUUGAUUAACGCUUGUUUACUCUCUGUUCCAGCUGAUAUGCUUCCAUAUCAUAAAACACGUGCCCAGAAUUUUUCUUCAUUUUACAUGGUGAUGUAAUUGUGCCGUAUUAGUGCGUAACCUUGCCAUUCCAUUUCUGUGUAGUUUUAUCAUACCGGUUCCCUCCAUCAGGAACCCUGUGUCUGCUGGAUGACAUGGAACAGAGUUUUUAAUUUUUUGUAAAAAUAUUUUUGUGAAGUACUGUUCAUAGUUUAAAAUGGAACGAUUUAUUUUUAUAAUUAUUUUUCUAAUGAGUAUUAUUUUUAUAAUAUAUAUGUUCCAUGAACAUUUAUUCUUUCAAAAUUGACAUAGAAACUCGCAGUACUUAUUUUAAUGUAGAACUCAUAAUCGCUAUGCAUUGUUCACUGGCGGCAAGGUGGGUAGCCCAUCAUGUUUGUCGAUUUGAAAACGAUGUUAUUAUCUCUUGCAAUAAGUCGUCAUCCUACCUGAUGAUGAACUUUCUCCCUAAAUCAUGCUCCUGAUUGAUUUCUUGGACGAACUUGCUAAAAGGUGGCCUGGCUCCUUCCCUCUUCUUUUUUUUUUGUUUUUGUUUUGUUUUCCUGACCUAAAUAUCAAAUUCAUUCCCCACGAAAUGGUGACUGAGCAUCUCCUUUCGAUCCCAUUUUCCAUAAAUAUUUAUGGAAAAGAAUAGUUAUUUGGAUUAAGGUUCUGUAUCAGGAAGAGUCAAAUCAUAAUCCACAAAGCUGGCACUUUUGUAAUCUCACAUCUGAACUUAAUCGGAUGCAGGAGACAUCCAUGGGCAGUACUCCGAUCUCUUGAGUCUUUUUGAGUAUGGUGGGUUCCCCCCAGAGGCCAAUUACCUCUUCUUAGGGGACUACGUGGACAGAGGGAAACAGAGCCUGGAGACGAUAUGCCUGCUCCUGGCCUACAAGAUUAAGUACCCAGAGAACUUCUUCCUUCUGAGGGGCAACCACGAAUGCGCGUCGAUCAAUCGCAUAUAUGGGUUUUAUGAUGAAUGCAAGAGGAGAUCCAGCGUGCGGCUGUGGAAGAUCUUCACUGACUGCUUCAACUGCCUGCCUGUGGCGGCCCUCAUUGACGACAAGAUCCUGUGCAUGCAUGGCGGCCUCUCUCCAGACUUGAGGAGCUUUGACCAGAUUAGAAAUCUGCAGCGACCCAGUGACGUCCCUGACUCUGGGCUGCUGUGCGAUCUCCUCUGGUCUGAUCCCUCCAAGGAGUUUGAAGGAUGGGGGAUGAACGACCGGGGGGUUUCCUACACCUUUGGCCCAGACAUUGUCCGCGACUUUCUCGAGAAGCACGACCUGGACCUCAUAUGCCGAGCCCACCAGGUGGGCAAUCAAAAUUUCUCUCUCUUUCUCUCUCUUGAAUCUCUUCCUGAUGCAAAGGUUUCGUCUUUGACAGGUUGUGGAGGAUGGGUACGAUUUCUUUGCGGACAAGCAGCUCGUCACGAUAUUCUCGGCAUCAAACUACUGUGGGGAGUUUGACAACGCGGGCGCCAUGAUGAGCGUGGAUGACACCUUGAUGUGCUCCUUCCAGAUAUUGAAACCUGAUAAUAAGAAGCUGAAGUUCUCUGGGAACGCAUCUGGGAAGGUACGCUCGAGCUUUUUCUCCUGA